AUGCCUCAUAGGAAAAUAUAUCAGUACGUAGAAAAAUUAGUUCAUGAAAAAAAGAUUAAAUUGAUAGAAUAUGACGAACUCGUUGAUGCUAAAGAUAAGCGAAUGCCAAAUGUUAAGUUAUUGGAUAAUAAACUUGUAAAGUUAAGUUUAUUGAGAAAUUUAGAUGGAUAUGAUGAUAAGGCUGUAGGAAGUUUGAAUGUCGAGAUUCCUAAAUUAACCAAUAUUGGGGUGUCUCAAAUCCGUCCAUCUGACGAAUCUUCAUUUUCUAAAUAUGACCCUCCUGAAAUUUUGCGUUCAUUAAAUAUUAAAGAUAAAACAAAACCAAAUAUAUAUAGCUUAGGCUUAUUAAUGUGGGAAAUUUCCAGUAAUGGUACUGAACCUUUUCUUAACCGGAAUAAUGUUCGUUGCGCAAUAAUUCUCGAGAAAUUAAAAACUAUUUCCCUCUCGGACAUAUUAGUCAAGGAUAAUGUCAAAGGCCCAUCUGACUCCCGAAAACCUAUGCCUAUAUCUCAAAUAAAUAUUGAAUGUGAAUUGGAUUAUAAUUUUGUACUAAGAGAACAAAAAGUAAUCCAACUUAAAAUCGACUUCAUUAAUCAUUUGGCAUUGAACAAAGGUCGAAAUCCUGAUGGAUAUGAUUUUAUUCCUGCAAAGAAACCUAUUUUAUGCGAUAACGGAGAUCUAACAUCAAGUUUAUUCGUACAUCAAAACGAUGAAAUAUGGGAUUCAAAAGAUGACGAUGUACGAAUCCAUGUACCAGUUGCAACUGUGAACUAUACAUGCAGAGCUACUAAUGAAUUUAUCGAGAAUGUAAGAAAUGCACUUAAUUCUUCAGAUUCAUCAGGGAUUAAAAAGAAUCUGAAAAGAACAUUCAAUGAUUAUGGUAAUUACGUGGCAACAAAAGUCACACUUGGUGGUGUUAUUACUAUUAGAGAUUGGUCAAGAGUUUCUGCUGAAAGUAGAUCAUAUUUGAAGUCUUAUAUUCAACGAGGAAUAUUUUAUGGCAAAGGAAGAGUUUCGGGAAUUUUUGAAAAUGUACCACUUGAUAAAAUACCACAACUUGAGACUUCAAUCAAUAUGAGAACUCUUGGUGACUUGUAUACUUGGUUUAAAGGUGUAUACGAUUGUAACUUUGUGGAAAUUAUAUCUUAUGAAGAAAUUAUUCCAUCCUAUGAACUAUUGCCUGACAAUUUAAGAAAUCAAAUAUUCAAGGAAAUGGGUUUUGUACCCGAUGAAAAAUCUUACACUGAGCUAAUCCCAAAUAUUCCUACUGAAUAUGAUAAGCAAGAUAUUUUGAAAUGGAUAAUAAAUAAACCACCGCAUCAUUUAUAUCUUGGUGAUUGGGUUCACAAUAAUUCGUUACAACAUGGUGUGGUUUUACAGCAAUCAGGCCUUGGACAUGGAAAGCUUCCUGCCUUUAACUUUUUAAAGGAGCCUGAAAUUACAGAAAUAAAUAAAAUCCAAGUUGUAUUAAUGCAACCUCAAACCCGCCAAGAAGCUUAUUUAUUGGAGAACGGUAUAAUUUUAAAGGAAGAAGACGGAUUUGAACUCGAUAAAAUCCCUUUUGCUGAGUAUGGCUCGACACUUAAUUAUCCUUUGGAAGAUUUUAAGCAUUCUAAAAAUGUUCCUUCAAAGGCAAUUUAUUGUAGAAUUAUUUUUAAUGCGGUGAAGAUUUCGUUUAAUCUCUCAGAUAUUAAAACUUUACCAGAUUUUUCACAUUCAGUAAAUACUGCACUCCGAAACAAUCUACCAUUUAAAAAGCUUUGUGAAUUAUUUGGAAAUAAGUAUGGUCAUUUAUUACCAAGAACUUUUACUUUGGGUGGGAUUUUAUCAAAAAAGUAUGAAUCUACAGGCAUAAUUUUACCACAAAAAAGGAUUGUUUUCGAAUAUGAUAUAGAUGAUUCUCAAACACCUCUAAACAUUGAGAAAAAGUUAGAAGAGUGGAAUGAAGAAUUUAAACAUUUGAACACAUCAUUCUUUCUUAAUAAUAGUGGAGAUAUUAUUUAUCGCAAUAAACUUGAUGAUUGGUUAAAAGAGCUCAUUGAAAAUAGGCGUAGUGACUGGAAUGUUGUUGCUUUCGAAGAUUGGGCACCAUUAUAUAAAUGUAUGAAGAAAACACACAAAAAUAUUGAUGAGACUUUUGAUGAUACGUAUCGCCUCGUUUGUAAUGGAGAAGAACCUUUAAGUAAAGAUCAAACUACAGCUAUUAUUAAGUUUCCAGUAUCACUCAUUGACGAUAAAUAUUAUAUUUAUGGAGUUGUUGUGAUGAGAAAUGCUAACGGUAAUUGGGAGGCAAUACCCAAGAUUUCUGUUCGUUUUGAUUAUCCUAACAGUAAUGGUUGUGCUGCAUAUAUACAUAUAAAUUGUGAUAUAAGUAACAUAAAUAGAGGCGUUAAAGUCAUUUGUGGAGAGUUUAACGUUGAUAAUACCCAGCAUAUGGUGAAAUUAGCAAGUAAAAAACUCACUUCUAAUUGUGUUCUAAUAACAUCAAUUGUUUCAAGGAAAGAUACUGUUUUUUAUAACAUUAAACCCAGAAAUUGGACAAAAACGACAAUUAAUAUUGAAAUAGAGGAAGAACCGAAAGCUUCAUUUAGUGAUUCUGGAGAAAAUAUAGAUGAUGGUUAUGAUGAUAAAGGUUCAGACGACGAUGAACAAGAUGAAUUCGACGCAAAUAAAAUCGAAUCAACCUCUCAAGAAAAUAUAGUUCUUAGGUGGUGUAUAGUUGAUACUGAUGAGAGAGCAUUUAUAGUUGGUGGAAGUAAUCUAUACUCAUUAGCUUUAUUUGGAGAUUACCUCGAUGAUGAAAAUGAACAAUUCGAUUUCGAUGUUAACAUACAGGAUGAACCACGAUUCCCACCGCAGAUGUCAUUAGAUGACGCAACUAAACAACACAAUGAUCCAAAUGGAAAUACACUUGAGGCGUGGAAAACAUUCGUAAAUCAUUCUAGAAAAGGGAGCGUUAUUGCUGAUUAUUGGAUCGGAUAUUAUCUACAACAAGAUGUUCUAAAAUCAAGAACGCUUUAUGAAGAAGAUAUUGAAGAUGUUAUUCAAGGAGAAGAUACCUAUGUUCAAGUGGCAAUGAAGUAUUAUCAGAAAGCCGCUAAUGCUAAUUACCCUGAAGCACAAUUGAGAUAUGGAUUUGGCCUUUAUUAUGGGCUCGGUGUUGAUAAAAAUAAGAAAGAAGCAACACGGUAUUUUAAAUUAGCUGCAGAGAAUAAUAAUCCUACUGCAAUGUAUAAUUUAGGAGUUAUUUGGAUGUUUGGCGAUAACAACAGAGAAAAGGAUGAAGGAGAGCAAUGGCUGAUAAAGGCAGCUAGACUUGGUCAAGCAAGAGCUAUCGAAAUUUGUGAUUCAAAAAGUAUUAGAUACCGCUAUCCUUAA